ACAGUCUACAGUGUAUAAUCAAAUAGUGUCGCUAGCAGCUAGUCGUAUCACUUGCUUGCGCGCGGUAUAUGUCGUCUAACGACGUGAUAUUGCUACCGCAAGGGCGUUAUUCCAUUAUUGUCGAACCGUCUCACGCGCCCAUGCAUGUAUAUGCAUCCAUGCGUGAUUCGUGAAAGGCCGCAAUGGAUUUCGUGCAGAUAAAGGAUAUCCGCGCGGGUCAGAAGAACAUCAAUGUAGUGUUUAUUGUUUUGGAGGUUAGCCACCCUACCAUCACUAAAGAAAACCGCGAAGUUCGAACGUUUAAAGUGGCGGAUCCUACUGCCUGCAUGAAUGUCUCCAUCUGGGACGAGCCCGGCCAGCUCCUGAUGCCAGGCGACAUCGUGCGACUCACCAAAGGUUACGCGUCCGUUUGGCGGCAAUGUCUGACCCUGUAUUCGGGUAAGAACGGAGAUAUUCAGAAGAUAGGCGAGUUCUGCAUGGUGAUCAACGAGCAGGUGAACAUGAGCGAUCCAAACCCGCUAUUGGCGCAGCAGUUGGUCAAUCAGAGCGGCUCGGGUCCGCCCAGCAGCAAUGUCAACAAUAGUAUCACCAAUAACGGCAAUGCCAACAGUAUCUCCGGUCAACCAGGACGGCAGCCUCCGGUAUAUAGAUCAUUAAGCACGCCGCCCGCGAUGAUUCCGUCGGCAGGAGUCAGCGCAGCACUGCAAGUCAAAGUAACACAGCGGCACCCGGUAGUGGAUCUACAAGUUCAACAACCGCGAAGAGCGGAAAUGGUGGCAGUGGUAGCGGCAACGGCGGCAAUAUCACCAGCGGCAGUGGAAGCGGCGGCGGGGGUGGUGGUGGCGGCGGUAGCGGAUCAGCAGGUCUCUCCGGUAGCUCGGUGCGAUACUCCUCAUCGGACUCGACGAAAACGGCGCCGACGGCGAAGAGCAACUCGCGCGGACGGGGCGGUUAUAGGAACGGCGGUCGUAGCGAUCGAAGAUAACACACGAAAAGAAAGCGACUAAUCAUAUGCGUAUAAACGAGCGACUGAAUAAACUGAUGUGCGCGAUAGAUCUACGCAAUUGUGUAAAAAAUAUUUCUUGUUUUUUUAAACAGGUUUUUUAAAUAUUAGUUCCAGAGUUUUAUUAAGCUGGGAAAUUACUUACAGGAGCAGCGGCCAAUCAUCGUUUUGCGAUAUUCCCUAAAAGUGAGUACGCGAAGUUUCAUUCGUUUUGGUAAUGAUAUGCACUUGAUUUCACUUUCUUGAGCAAUUUUGUCACUGACAAUGUUUUAUUUAAAGUCUUGGAUUCUCCAAGAAUUCUUAAAAAAUUUCCUUUUUUCUUUAUUAAAAGAAAUAGCAAUCUUAACAAAUGCAAGAGUUUUUAUAUUUUUGGAAAUUCCUCGCAACACAAUUAAAUGAAUAGAAA